AUGAGCAAGCGCUCUUUCGAGGAGACCAGGGCCGGUCAGCCAUCUGAGGCCGAUCACAAUGGCUUAAUGCCCAUUCAUGACUUACUUUCGCCCGAUGAACAGGAGCGCGAUCCGACUCCACCCGCGGGUCAGACCAAGAAGGCCCGGAACUUCAUAGCGACCGUGGCUUGCGAGACGUGUCGUCUCAAAAAGACACGAUGUGAUGAGUCCCGACCGAAGUGUGGGCUCUGCAAGUCCCUCGGACUGGACUGUGUCUACAAUGAACGCAAAUCGUCCAAACGGGACCAGUCACUCACAAUGAUCAUGAGCACGCUUCAUCGAUUAGAGACGAAACUGGAGAAUAUCCCAUCCUCGAUUCUGAGCAAUCUGCUGCAAUCUCUAGAGGGGCAUCUUGAUCUGUCUAAUGAUCGAUCUCAGGGAGCGCAUCCAUCUCCUGCGCGUCGAGAAAGCGGCCGACAGAUGGCGAUGGUGCCUGCCUCUGCCACUCCAGGCUUCACUCCCGCCGCGCCUGAUGAGGAUGAUUUUCACGCGGAGCAUCAACAUGACACUGCCCCAGACUCAUCGGGACGGGUCUCUAUCUCCUUCAGUCAGCAUGGCGUUAUUUUGUGGCCAGGUGCACGGUCAAUACUGCCUGACAAGCUGCUCUCGGCGUAUGAAUUACUGGGCCAGAACUACGUGAUCGAGCUGGAAUCGACGCGACCUCCUCUGCCCAUGUUCAUCAGUCCCUUCCCCUUGCACUCAGGGGAGCGUUGGCUCGAACUUCUGCCGCUGUCGUUGAUCAAAGGCUUAGCGGAUGCCUUCUUUGCCGUGUUCAAUCCGUCCACUCCGAUCAUGGACAAGGCGUUCUUUUUCUCUUUCACCUUGGGGGCCGCCAUUGAGAGUGGUUUCGGGUAUACCAUGGAGAGCUGCCUUGUCUUGAAUGUGCUAGCUCUUGGAUGUCUAGGAGUUCUAGCGUAUCAAGAGGGUAAUUACCCACUCUUGGGCACCCAACGCUAUCGCUUUGAACCCCCCGAAUGGAUGAAUGUCGUCUACGAGGAACAGCCUGGUCUGCGAUUCUUCAACGAAGCUCGUCGUCGUAUUGGCUUUUUGAUGUGCAGCAAUGAUAUCCAGAGUUGCCAGUUCUUUCUUCUGUCCUCUGUCUAUUACAGCCAGAUACCCAGACCGAUGGACGCGUGGGCGAUGAUCCAUCGCGCUGCGAGCUGUUGUCUUUCUAUGCUGACCAAUCAUGAUGUCAACUUUGAUGAAUGGGAGGGCGAUAUGAAAUCUCGCGUCUACUGGAAUUGUCUCAUGAACGAGACCAUCUUGGUUCAGGAGCUGCAUCUGCCUCCCAGCGGACUCUCGCGAUUGGAAGAAAAGGUUCCCAUACCCAAAUUCAUCGCUUUCGAGUCGACGGGCUACCAAGCAACCCGUUUCUCGUCGACCAAUGUGGUCGACGAUUCGUACUUUCAGUACCAUUUCCUUGCACAAGUGGCACAUCGGAUCAUAUUGACGCGAAUCCGCCAUUCCUUGUACUUUUAUUCCGAUUCGGGAAAUAUUCCUCAACCGGCUGUCAAUGCUGAACUCCAUCACCAGCUCGAACAAUGGCGCAAUAAUCUUCCACCGGCCAUCCAAUUCUCCGAUGCUCAGCUUCAACCCUGUUACUCUACCCCCAUUAAUGAUCUCUCUUCCGUUCAGCCCUCACCCUCCUCGACGGCCUCUCCAAUCCAAACCUCGUCACGUCCGUCCGACUCCAAUCGUCCGUUAUCGCCUGCGGUGGCAGUGACCGAUGCCAUGCUGCGAGGACGUUACAUGAUUGCCAAGUUCCACAUUGGCAGACCAUAUCUCUACAAAGCCCUUCGCAUCCCCCAUCUGUUGACAGAAGACGAUUAUGAACAGAUCCGAAGUGGACUCCACAACGCCAUGGACUGGCCUGUCACCCAGGGAAUCUUUCGAAAAAUGAAAAGCUGCAUUCCAAUCAAGUUUGCAUUUUGUUCCCAGUAA